UGGCUCCAGUGGUACGUACGUACGUAGUGUAGAAUGUCGUGGUACUUAGGGACUGGUUUACUGGCGUGGCUCAUGGUGUAUGAAUGAAGGAGACUUUACACUUCUAUCAAUUUUAGAAAUUCUAGCAAGCUAGCGACAAACAUUUAAUAUCAAAUUUACGUAAAUUAUCGCACACGCUUUUUGCUAAUUCAAGUCAGAAAAAUGCCCGUACAACGGCGAGUAAAUCAGAAAUCUACUGACAAUAAUGGGAUUGAGAAAAAAAUUAAAAGGUAGGGGUUGCUGGACCAGACUAAAAAUGUGUCCCACACCUGCUGCUUUUUAUGCUCCCUUUCGCCUCAGUGGCUGCCCUCAAUUGGGAAAUGCACACCGACAGGCCUCUUUUUGGAAGAGGCCCCCAGGUUACCUGCUUGUUUUAACAGCUUUUGGGGUGUGCGGUGCAGUGAGCUGGCUGUACCUCACCUUUGACAAUGAAAUAACAGAGACUCUUGUGCGGCAAGGUGAAGUGGUUCAGCAGCCAAAGAUAUUCCAGGUUCAGUGCUCUGAGGAUUACGACAAUUACAAACGCUACCCAGGCUGCACCCCUCAGACCUGUGGGCGAGCGGUAACAGACGGUGUGGUUACACACGAGGAGGCACGGGCGCUUCGGAGAUUGGCAGAGAGAGGGCUGUCACUAGCAGGCUCUGAUGGAGGUGCCUCUAUACUGGAUCUGCAUUCUGGGGCUCUGUCAAUGGGGAAACAGUUUGUGAAUAUCUACAGGUAUUUUGGGGAACGGAUCAAAGACGUAUUUUCUGAGGAGGACUUUCAGCUCUACCGGGCUGUGCGUGCAAGGAUUCAGGGGGUGAUAGCAGAGAUGUUUGGACUGGAUCCAUCCCGCAUGUACCUUACCAAGCCCACAUUCUUCUCCCGCAUCAAUAGCAGUGCGGCCAAGACUACUCACGAUGAAUACUGGCAUCCACACAUAGACAAGGUGACGUACGGCUCCUUUGACUACACGUCACUGUUGUACCUGUCUGACUACGGCGGAGACUUUGGAGGGGGCCGCUUUGUCUUCAUGGACGCGGAUGGUAACCGGACUGUGGAACCGCGUGCAGGUCGAGUGUCUUUCUUCUCGUCUGGAUCAGAGAACCUCCACCGUGUUGAAAAAGUUGGGUGGGGCACACGCUUUGCCAUCACUGUUUCCUUCACGUGCGACCCAGCCCAUGCCAUCGCUGACCCAGCCCUGCCAUAGGUGUGCUAUCGGUCGCACUGUCCCCUGCUGGCUGGGAGGACUCCUGGAACACAGACACAUAAAAUGGGGAGAAAAGGGAUGGUAUACUGAUUAAUGUUAAUGUGCGGCUCUAAUGCUGAUCCUGCAUUUUUGUCCAUUUUCAUUUAAAGAAAAUAUUUUGAGUUCCAAAGAAAUGGUCUGUGCAUGACUCUAUUCACAUUUUAUUUUUCGCUGGACUCUUGCACACUUUUCCUGACUUGAAGAACUUCUGAGACGGGCACAUCCUCACUUGAGAUGCGCAGUCGCUUAGCUCAAUGGAUGGUCAAUACUGAUUUGCACUCGAUAUAAUUCAGUGUGCUCACCCUGACCUAUGCCCAUAGAUGGAAAAUGUGAAUUUGCCAAGAGUUCCCAUUCCAUCCCCUUUUCAUCAUUCACAUUAUUCAGUUCUACAGGGCAUGGAUGACUUGAAUUAUAAACUAGUUGGCAAUCUAUAAAAUUGUUUUGUUACUAUAUCUCAGUUGCUAAAGUCCGCAAAUGAAGAUGCACCUUCUAUGAAACUGAACCAGACACAAACUUACACAGACAUAUUUUUUCAUGAUUUGACUCUGUACACCACAAUUUCAGAUUUGUAAUCACACAGUUCACAUGUGGUUAAUUAAGCUUUUAUAAGGGGUAUUUUUCUGUAUUUUGGUUUCACCAUGCAGAAAUGACUUCUUAUACAUACCUCCCACUCCCUCCAAUUUAGCAAAAAGCCAUGCCCAUACUCAGCAGCUAUAUAAAUGGUUAAUUCUGCAUUGGUAAACGUAUGUUGACAUGGUGGUGGGCAAGGCAAAAACCACAGCCAAGCUGAAAGUGUAAGUGCUAACAGUAAACAGACAUGGCGCUCUUAGGGGCCGGCUUACAUACGGGUUCCCAUAGCUGUGUCUGUUAGCAUGUAUGCCAUUUUAAUUUGUCUUUAUAUUGUUCAUUAGAACAUGAAAGUCUAAACUGCAGGAAAGUGACAUUUGUUCAGUUUUGUCACUAUUGCAUGUAAAACCAUUGUUUUCCACAAAGAAAUCUUUCCAGUUGCAAUUUAAUAUUCCGGUGGGUAGGUUUGCCCUAUUUGGUCCUCCUUUUCACGUAUGUACAUAAGGCUACACACACCACACAAGAUAAAAAGCGUAUAAGCCAGGAUUUAUGGAAUUCAAUAGAACACACUUUCUGUCCUGUGAGACUCCACCCUGAGUGUUUUUUUAUAUUGCACAUUAAAUUACAGAGGCCAGGAUGCACAAAUGGGGGGGGGGGGGAAUCUUAAUUUACAUGGAAAGCUGAAUCUGACCCUGAGUUCGAAAAAUUAAAAAACUAAAAAUGAGAAGCUGCAUUAAUUCUGCUUCAAUCCUCUUAUAUAUUUAUCACAGAGGUAAACAUUUUUAAAUCUGGGACAGUAUGAAAUUGGAAAGCAAGGCACUGCUGCUUAUUUUAUUUGGGCUUUUUAAUACCCAUAAGAUUACCUUGAUUCUGUUACACAGUAAUGGGGCUCCUUAAGCUGAUAGGAAGGAAAUGAAGAAGGAAUGCGAGAAUGUAGGCUCAGGUUGUUACAUUUUAAUUUUUUUAUUUGCUUAUUGAAAGUGACUACCGAUAUCAUAAAACUAUGGUUAAACCAAACGGACCUGGAAGAACACAGUUAUGUGUAAAGCAUCCUCAGUAUAAAUUCUUAAAUAAAUUCACAACUUCUGCCGAGUCUUGACAGACUUCUGUGCCAUAUUUUCGUUACAUGGUGACUGGCCUGCUGCUCUGAAGUGCAUCUCUGAUGCUGUUGCGGUUUCACCAUGCUAACGGUUCUUCUGGGUGAUUUAGUGAUGUGACCCAGAGAAAAGCUGCCUCAACGUGGUGCGGCAGCAACAAUCACAUGACGGACCUUACAGAGAGCAUGCUUUGAGUCUGAAACUUUCCGACUGCAUCAUCCCUUAACGGUACUCAUCCAUGUGUAGGGCUACCGUGGGAGAUUGGAUUAAGUCGAUGUUCAGCGUAUCUUUGUGAAAUUGUUCUUUUUUUCACAAACACAGUUUGGCUAGUUCAGCGUCAAAAUGUGGUUUGACAGGGGAAACUGAUACCUUUAUUUUGUGAAUCAAAGUUAAGGGUGAAUGUUGAUUGAAUCUAUGGUAUUGUGAUCUAAUGUACAAUUGUGGCUGCCUCUCUGCAUCUGGCAUCCUAAUCAACCCUAAGGCUGAUUGACAACAUAAUCCCUAGUAUUUCUUACUCGCUUGGAUUUCCCAGGUAAUCACUGCAAAUAGGAAUUGAGUUCUCUGUUGGCCUGGCUAGUGAAUUAUGAUUAUUUGCUUCUAACACAAUAAACCCUUAAUUAAAUUUUUUCAAUUCACAUUCAUUUUGAUCAAUUGCUAUUCAUUGAAAUUAAUGUGAGGUUCAAAUAAUACAUUCUUAAAUGUAUAUGUAUGAGUUUAAGCAUUGAUUGGCAGCUAAAUUCAGACAGUAAUUGAUUCUAAUUCUCAAAAUUGUUGCACUUUGAAAUAUAUUCUGAGUAACAAACGAGCUCCAUUCCUUAGGAGUGAAUAUCUCUGAGAUUCUGCUGUCGGUCCAAGCGCUUUAUUGUGCUUUGAAGAAAAAUUCAGGAAAAUAUUUUAAUGAUUUCAAAACAGCAUUUGCUUAGUAUGCCCUACUGUAUAUAACACAUUAGGAUUACUGUACCAACAUUAGGAUUACUGUAAAAACAAGUGUGUAUCAUUUUUUGCAGCUCUUUGUCAGUAAUUCACUUGUCACCCCCCCCCCCCUCCCCCACCCCCAGGCAUGUCAGUCACUGUAAUUGUGUGGUGACCAUUAUGGCUGAAUGGUUAAGAGAAUGCGUACAAUUAUUGCACCAAACAGCAAAUGUAACAAUUUGAAUUUGUUAUUUUGUUGGGCAGAUCUGGUGGCCAAAUAAGGUAUAUUACAGUAUAGAGCUAGAACUUGUGGGAGAAAGUAGGUUUUCUGUUUUGUUUAUAAGCUAUAUGAACAAAGCUGGCUGGUAUUAGUUUGCUCAACGUACUCUAUACUUGCUUAUCUUAUGUGACUUAUGUCAUGGCUUCUGAAAUAGGUUAUUUUUCACAAUGGAAAAAUGUCAUAAAAACCAUUUUCUAACAGAAUCUUGUGACAAUAUGGUAUAAAGGCUACAUUUCAAUAAUUUUGACUGAUUUAUUGUUUUAGGUUGUUAAAUGAAAUUAUAUUUUUAUAAUGAGAUGCUGUUUUUACUUUUGAAAAAUUCAAUGUCAAACAUGAAACCUGAAAUAAUGAAUAAACCUGAAAUAUUCUAUAAAAA